GCGUAGCACCUGAUCAAACGCCCGGGGUCCAACCCCGAAUAAUAUGAUGAAAGCAGGCAAGGAAACAAACGCCCCGUCAGAGCUCAGCUUCGAGACUUCGCGAAGAGUCAAAUUUCACUAUACCCAAAAAGCGACGGAGCUAAGCAAACUCCAGCGGGAGAGGUGAAAAAGGUGAAAGUUAAAACCACCGGAAAAAGAGAGAGAGAGAGAGAGGACUCGGACGGACGACGGAGACGUGUUCCGGCGGAGUCUCUGCAUCAAUUCCUCCGUGGCUCUCGAUAACUGAUACUAGUUCGGGGAUUCAUUUUGGCGCCGUGAUCUGUUCCGCUUCUAUCCGGGAUUCUCUUUGCAGAAUUCUGGAGUUGGAUUCUCUAACUCCGGAGUUCCUCUCUGCUGCCUGCUUAGGGUUUGAGGUCAGGGAGCGGAGGAGGGGAAGAAUCUUCUGGUGAUGUUGUCGAAUCAUUUGCAGAAUGGGAUUGAGACCGCUAAUCAGUUAUGGUCUCGGAUACCUAACUCGGAGGACGGGGAGGUCGAUGGAGCUACGCUAUUGAGCACCAGCGAUGGCGGGAAUGUUGAGAGCCUUGAUUAUGAAGUAAUUGAGAACUAUGAGUAUCGAGAAGAGCAGGCGCAGAGAGGGAAGCUGUACGUUGGAUUCUAUGUAGUUGUGAAGUGGUUCUUUGCUUUGCUUAUUGGAAUUGGUACUGGAUUGGCAGCUGUUUUCAUCAAUAUAUCGGUCGAGAACUUUGCUGGCUGGAAGUUCUCACUGACGUUUGCUAUAAUACAGAAGUCAUAUUUUGCUGGCUUCAUAGUAUAUGUACUAAUCAACCUGGCUUUAGUUUUUUCAUCUGUAUAUAUCAUCACCCACUUCGCACCUGCUGCAGCAGGAUCUGGUAUCCCUGAGAUUAAAGGUUAUUUAAAUGGGGUCGACACCCAUGGUAUUCUACUCUUCAGAACCUUGAUUGGAAAGAUAUUUGGAAGCAUUGGCUCUGUUGGAGGUGGUCUUGCUUUGGGCAAGGAAGGUCCUCUCGUUCAUACUGGUGCUUGCAUAGCUUCAUUGUUUGGACAGGGUGGAACUACAAAAUAUCAUCUAAGUUCCAGAUGGCUACAAUUUUUCCAAAGUGAUCGUGACCGCCGUGAUCUGGUGACCUGUGGGUGUGCAGCUGGAGUAGCUGCUGCUUUUAGAGCUCCAGUUGGUGGUGUAUUGUUUGCAUUGGAAGAGGUCACAUCUUGGUGGAGGAGUCAACUUAUGUGGCGUGUCUUUUUUACUUCUGCUAUUGUGGCAGUUGUGGUGCGUAUUGCCAUGGGAUGGUGUAAGAGUGGAAAGUGUGGGCAUUUCGGCUCAGGGGGCUUUAUAAUAUGGGAUGUGUCGGAUGGUCAAGAGGACUACUCUUUCGAGGAGUUACUUCCAAUGGCUUUUAUUGGAGUGAUUGGUGGUCUGCUUGGUGCUUUGUUCAACCAGCUCACUCUAUAUAUAACUUACUGGCGUCGAAACCAUUUACACAAGAAAGGGACCCGCGUUAAGAUAAUUGAAGCAUGCCUGAUCUCAUUCAUAACUUCUGCAAUUUCUUUUGGACUUCCACUCCUGAGAAAGUGUAGUCCCUGUCCAGAAUCUGAUACUGACUCUAAUAUUGAGUGUCCACGCCCUCCCGGCAUGUAUGGGAAUUACGUGAGCUUUUUCUGUGGCAAGGAGAAGGAAUAUAAUGACCUUGCAACAAUUUUCUUCAAUACUCAGGAUGAUGCCAUCAGGAAUCUGUUUAGUGCAAAGACAAUCCAUGAGUUCAGUGCACAAAGUUUAUUGACAUUUCUGGUUAUGUUUUACACGUUAGCAGUGGUGACUUUUGGUACAGCAGUUCCUGCUGGUCAGUUUGUUCCUGGAAUAAUGAUAGGGUCAACAUACGGACGCCUUGUUGGAAUGUUUGUUGUCAAUUUCUACAAGAAGCUCAACAUUGAGGAAGGGACGUAUGCUUUACUUGGAGCUGCUUCUUUCCUUGGAGGUUCAAUGAGGAUGACAGUCUCUUUAUGUGUCAUUAUGGUUGAGAUCACCAACAACUUGAAACUUCUGCCUCUUAUAAUGCUUGUGCUCCUUAUAUCAAAGGCUGUUGGUGAUGCUUUUAAUGAAGGCCUGUACGAAGAACAGGCAAGAUUAAGGGGCAUUCCAUUACUGGAAUCUAAACCGAAAUACCAGAUGAGGACUAUGACCUCAAAGGAUGCUUGUGGAAACCAGAAGGUUGUUUCCCUUCCUCGUGUUGCUAAGGUUGCCGAUAUAGUUUCUAUUUUGCGUAGCAGUAAGCACAAUGGAUUUCCUGUUAUUGAUCAUAAAAGGAAUGGAGAGACGCUUGUAGUUGGGCUUAUGCUUCGCAGUCAUUUACUAGUACUUCUUCAGUCUAAGGUAGAUUUCCAGCACAGUCCGUUGCCCUUUGAUUCUAUGAGUGGAUCAGCACCAAUCAGUCACAAUUUCACUGAGUUUGUGAAACCUGUUUCAAGCAAAGGAAUUUCGAUAGAAGAUAUUCAUUUGAGUUCCGAUGACUCGGAAAUGUACAUAGAUCUUGCGCCCUUUUUGAACCCUUCUCCAUACGUCGUUCCAGAAGAUAUGUCUUUAACAAAAGUAUAUAGUCUCUUUCGUCAACUAGGAUUGCGGCAUUUAUUAGUUGUCCCUCGGCCUUCUCGCAUUGUUGGACUAAUUACAAGAAAGGAUUUAUUGAUUGAGGAUGGUGAGGAUACGGCCAAUGUGGAGCUCCAAUCAACUAGUAUUCCGCCGUCAUGACCCCCACGGUCCGAGCACAUCUGUCAGGAGUUUGGACGUGGAGCGACCACUUUUAAAUGGUCUUCUGGCUCAAGAUCGCCCCUCAAGUUGAAGUAGUCACCCUUUCCAUCCACACCAGAUUCUGAUCGCAUUUGGUGAUCCUUUCUUUCUUCCUCGACGGCCACAUUCUUUUCCCCUCUUCCACUCUGCUUUCUUCUUUUUCGGGUUUCAUCAGGUCGCAACUACUUGUUUUUCUUGAGCUUUCACGUCCCCUGCUUAUAAAUGUGCUUGGGUUAUAUAAAGGGGGAUCCUUUUGAUCCAAUAGUUCAUUGUUGCCCCAUAGAUGCGACAAAGGUCAAUUGCAUCCCCCGUGACAUGAACCGAACCACACCCGCAACUUAGACUCUGUUGUAACAUAUCCAAAGGUUUUGAAGCAAAAAGGAGGAAAAAAUGAAGUUUCAUUCGGUCUUGAAAUUGCCUGCGUUGAAGUUUUCGACUUUGAUUUCCUGCAUGAAUGAUGUUUUAGUCAAAAUCAUUGUCUCUGGAACAGACUUUCUCAGGUGAUGGUCACUCUCGGCAAGUUGUGAUUAAAUGUAGGAAAUGUUAUUUCGUGUUAGGGAUAGUGAUUUCGACCUGACCCAUUUUGUUUGGCCUGUUUUGAGGCGGGUCCGACCUGCCUCGUAGGCGGGGUGGGUAUGGGUAUUCUCAUCGAUCUGACCUGUCUUGACCCGUCUCAUUCUUGACUCGUUCUUGUCUAAAUUACAUUAGUCAAAUUACAUAAGAUUUUUCUUACAUCGUAUUUUAGCUAUAAUAAAAUUGUAAAUUAGUG